GAUCACUACUAACACUGCCCAACACUGCUUGUCAUUAUAUGUUGAAUCUAAAUAAACAAAUAAAUAAUAAAAGAAGUGCAAUUGCAACAUACACACGCAAUUUUUUACAUAUGUGCAAACAGAAGUAUAACUCGGAAAAAGGAUGCACUCAAAUGACGAUAUUAACAACGCCGACAUACUUGAUUGCAUGCGGAACCGUCAAGUAAAAAAAAACAAGCAACAGUCUGCAGCAGGUCAAGAUGCCUGCGCGACUAGUGGAUUUGUUGCUUUAGAUAGCAUGGUAGAAUCAAAGCCGUGGACAGCCUCCUUAUCAGAGCAAAACUCAAUUGUGAACAUGAUACGUCAGGAUUUCUGUUUGUCGUCUGAGGAUGAUGAUGAAUUAGAUCUUCCAAAUGUCUCCAAAUCUAAGUUCGGCAAUCAAAUUUUAAAAACGUACAGCAAAGAACGAUCACGGCAUGCUACUCCGAAUCGACUAACCGACAACGACGAUCAAGAUGAUCGAAUGAGCUGUUCAUCUGGACUAUCUGUGCAGGAGGCAGAGGCUAAUGAAAGCUUGUUACCUAAACUGAACCAGAUGGACGCACAUAGUUCCCAAAAGAUGCGCCAAAAUUUACUUAAUCUAAGUGAAUCUUUAUCAACACCAAUCAGUAAGACCGAGAAUAAGCCCCAAACCACAAGUGAUAAUUGUGAUUCUACAAAAUUAAAAGGUACUUUUGAGUCGCAGAAUCCUUUAGUCACGACUGCUUCUUCUCAAUCAAUGUUGUGCGACGAUUGGUCUGAUAGUGAUUCCAUUUUGGCAGAAUAUAACACAGAACCCAGCGAUGAGUUAGCUGAGAAACAUGAGAAGACUCCGUCUACUGUUUCGGACAUGCUGUUUGGCAUUCCAUUAAGUGAGUGGCAGACACCCAUGGAUUUGCCAGGCGAACAGAAAGAUAAACCAUUUGAAAUGGAUCAAACUAAUAAUGAAACUGUUUCAUUUUGGACGGCAUCUAAAAAGGUAAUACCAGUUUCGGAAGAAACAAUGAACAGGGCUUCCUCGUUAAUGGCUCAGGCCACAGCGGAGGAAAGUAAUGAAACAAAACCCCCACGAAAAGGUCUCUCAAGAGUUCUGAAUCAAGGAAAGGAAGAAAACUGUUCAUUUUGGACAGCGUCUAAAAAAAUAAUACCAGUUUCGGAAGAAACAAUGAACAGGGCUUCCUCGUUAAUGGCUCAGGCCACAGCGGAGGAAAGUAAUGAAACAAAACCCUCACGAAAAGGUCUCUCAAGAGUUCUGAAUCAAGGAAAGGAAGAAAACUGUUCAUUUUGGACGGCAUCUAAAAAGGUAAUACCAGUUUCGCAAGAAACAAUGAACAGGGCUUCCUCGUUAAUGGUUCAGGCCACAGCGGAGGAAAGUAAUGAAACAAAACCCUCACGAAAAGGUCUCUCAAGGGUUCUGAAUCAAGGAAAGGAAGAAAACUGUUCAUUUUGGACAGCAUCUAAAAAAAUAAUACCAGUUUCGGAAGAAACAAUGAACCGGGCUUCCUCAUUAAUGGCUCAGACCUCAAAGGCAGAAGAAAAUUGUGAAGCGAAACACUCCCGAAAAGGUCUUUCAAGAGUAGUUACCCCUCGUGAAAAUUGCAGAAAAAUUGCAGAUAAAAAGUUUAUACCAAUUUCAGAAGAAUCAAUGAAGAGGGCUUCCUCAUUGAUGGCUCAGACCGCACCGGCUCAGAAGAAUGUUGAAAAAUCAAAUGAAGCAAAACCUUUACAAAAAGGUCUCUCAAGAAUUAAUACGUCUGUUUACAAUUCAAGCAAAUGCGAGUCUAAACCGAUAAACAGUCAAAAAAGUCUUUCUAAAAUAUUUGAAUCAUGUCCAGACCAUAAAAAUGUUCCAAUUUCAAAAACGACAAAUUACAAGUCGCCUAUAAGCUUUAACACAGCAAAUAUGGAUAUAUCAAUAAAUAAUCUCAAUACGGAAUCCUUAAAAGCUAUUCCCGAUUUAUGUGAAACAAAUGAUAUAAGGAAAUUUAAACCACCAACUAAAUCACAAGUUUCUGAGGACCCCAAGGCAAUACCUAUUUCUGAAGCACCGAAAAUACCAUUUACAUUUGAAUCGCCUAAAAUCGAACCUUCAGAUUUUCAAAAGACUCUUUCAGCCUGUCAACAAAUUAUUAAAGUAUCGGAUCAGACUAAAGAGAAAGCAAUACAAGUCAUGACUGAUCUCCAAACAAUGUAUUUAGAGAACCAGAAGUCUGUUAAUGAGCCCAUAUUUAAUGAUGAAGGUGUAAGAUUUCACACAGCCUGCCAAGAACUAUUUGGAAUUUCGGAUGAGGCAAAGAAUAAUGUUACUAGGAUACUGACUGACUUAAAGGCGGCAAUAUCCCAAUGCGCAUUGUUUCGUACACCUGCUCUAGAGGAAUUCCAAAACGCUUGCACAAAUGUGAUUAAUGUCAUGGAGGAGUCACAAAAUGUGGCUUCUAGGAUAAUGCGUAACUAUGAUGAAGCGCAAAACAUGGGCUCUACAGAACCCCAAGAAACGAAAUUAUUCUUGGAAAACCCAAUUAAUGAUUGCAAACUAAAUGAGGAAGCUAAAUCUAUUGAAUCGAAUGUGAGUAUUUCGCCAGGUGAACAUGUGUCAGAGACAGAAUCAGAAAUUAGCUCUGGGGAAGACUUUAAUGGCUUCUUCGAAUUAGAAACACCCAAAAUUCAGAAAGAUCCAAACGCAGACAAUAUAAACGAUCCACAAUUGCAAGCCACAGAAACCUUUUCAAAAUCCCAACCGGAAAAAGGAUUUGCUACGACUCCAUCCUGCCCACAUAAUAUACAUUCUUCCCUCUCACAACUGGCUAAUCGUUCACCUCUAGACAAAAGCACCAAAAGCGCCAUAAUCGCUCGACGAAAUUUACUUACACUUAACAGGCGUAAACAUCGAAAUUUAAUUCGUCCUGAAGUUGAACUUCAACCCAAAAAGGAAAGACCACCGAGCUUCAGUCCCAAGUUUUGUUCAACUAGUACUCCGCUGGUUGAUAGGAAUCCAAAUAUAUUGGAUAAUUCGGUUGUCUUCGAACACAGAAAUAGUUGCGAUCGUGAGGACCUUACGCCACAAAACAAAAAAAGACGAUGCUUGGGUCUAAGUCGAAUGCCAAAUAAGUUCUAAUGUUUCAUAUUAUUUAUUAACUGCUUGUUGGUUGCCCAGUUUGAAAAGGGGUUUUUUUUUUUUUAAUUUAAGAGAAAAAAAAGGCCUUAAACCGAUUCAUAUUUUUAAAUGGAAAGGCAUAUAAGUAUAUCAUUAACUAAUUACCUCUUAUUUCUAAGUUAAAAUCUAUGAAAACAAAGAAGUUUAAUUUAAGAUGCAUUUGAAAUGAAAAAAAUACCACUUGGUCGCUGAGUACCUGUACAUUUAAUUUAAGAGUUAUAAAAGGUGGUCCUUAAGGCUUGCAUAUCAACGGAUAAUUAAUUUUGAUAAAUAAUCCUGAAGAAUACGAAUCUAUAACGUAUAUUUUUGAGUAUGCGAAAAUUAAACAUUUUUUCGAACCA